GCUCACCAAGUAUAAACCCAAUCCCGGGAGUUCUCCCUGUCACUCACUCACUCAACCGCACCGACUCGGUCACCAGAGCUGAACUUCAGCGGAGAUAGCAGGCACUUUCUCAGCGCUCAGGCUAGCUCGCUUUCGGCUUUGGUUCGAGAUGGAGACUCGCUCGACUGCACGGAGAUCUCGGAGCUCCAAUAUCCACAACUUCAAGAGUGGGCUCACCCUGUGGCUGCUGCUGUGGUUGGUGGUGCUGAAGCCCAGUGGGGCGGGGGCGUGUCCAAGGCUGUGUGUGUGUUACCCGUCGCCCAUGACGGUUAGCUGCCAGUCUCAGAACUUCACCACCGUGCCCUCAGGAGUGCCCUACGACUCCCAGCGCGUCUUUCUGCAGAACAACCGCAUCACCGAGCUCAGAGCAGACUCCUUUGGCUUCGAGACACAGGUUCUCUGGCUCUACUCCAAUAACAUCACACUGAUUGAGGCUGGAGCCUUUAGCAACCUGAGGGUUCUAGAAGAGCUGGACCUUGGUGACAACCCGUUGCUCCGGCGACUGGAGGGUGGAGCGUUCCGGGGACUGGAGAAGCUGCAGAGUCUGCACAUGCACCGCUGCAAGCUGGCCGCUCUUCCCCUCGACCUCUUCCUCAAACUCUACAGCCUGCAGUUCCUCUACCUGCAGGAGAACCAGCUGCACUUCAUCCAGGAUGACCUCUUCUCCGACCUGGUCAACCUGACCCACCUCUUCCUGCAUGGCAACCGUAUCCGCACGCUGUCCGAGAACGUGUUCCGCGGCCUGGUCAACCUGGACCGCCUCCUGCUCCACGACAACCGCAUCCGGCAGGUGAACCGCCGUGCCUUCCGUGACCUGGGCCGUCUGAGCAUCCUCUACUUGUUCAACAACUCCCUGGCAGAGCUGCCGGGCCAGGCCAUGAAGGACGCUGUGGCACUCCAGUUCCUCCGCCUCAAUGGGAACCCCUGGUCCUGCAGCUGUGAGGCCCGCCCCCUGUGGGAGUGGUUCCGUACAGCUCGCAUCUCCUCCUCUGAGCUGAUGUGCUCAUCCCCCUCCCACCGCCGUGGACAGGACCUGCGCUUCCUCCGCGAGAUGGACUUUGCCCUUUGCCCCCUCCCUGACCCCGGGUCACUGGCUGGCACCACCACAACCACCUUUAGCACCAAGACAAGAUGGUGGUUCUCCAAGCACAAGCCUGUGUCCUCAUCCAAAGGAAUCUUCCAGAAGAGCUCGGAGAAGGUCAAGGUGUUCCCCUUGUCCUCAGUCAAGCCCAGCCAGACUUCCGACCCUUCCUCCACCUCCUUCUCCUCUAAGUACGAGCUGGCGGAGGAGGAGGUGAACCUUCCCAAGGUGGACCAGGAGGAGUACUGGGCAGACUACGGGAAUGAAGACGCCUCCGUGCGCUGCUUCGAGCUUGAGUGUCCGCCCGGUUACGACACCCCGGUCCUCCCGCCCUCCUCCUCCUUCUCCCUCACUCCGUCUUUCCUCCCUCUCCUCUCCCUUCCUGUGCUAACUCUGUCCCUCCAGCUUCUCUUUGGCUGAACAUCCCCCCCAUCAGCCGCUCCUUUUCUCCAACUUUAUUUUCUCCCUCCUCUUUCUUCUCUUCACACCUGGAUCUUGAUUCCUUUCAGUUUCCCCCCCCGGCCCCCCAGGGGGCGGUACACUGAUGUAGAAGCAGGCAGGCAGUAGGGAGCUGCUCUCAGGAGCACAGGUGAGAUGCAGUGUAGGCUAACACCAUUUGAUUGGAGGGCACCGCUGCUGCUGAUAGGGCUGAGCUCAUUUUUCACUGAGUUGACACCACAGCAGCAGGUUCUAUUCCCGUGACAGCACGAUAGUGUGGCCAGUUUACGCGAGCUCCAAUCACUACUGUACCACCGCACUAACACAUCACACACCAGGACACUUACACGUCCAUACAUAUAGCACAAUACUGCAUUCAAUUCAUACCACUCAGUAAGAUGGUGAUGUUUUGAGGAAGUUUUUCACCACAACUACUAGUUUGUAUACGCAGCAAACAACGCAGGCGUUGGCUAUUUUGUACGGCGCCAAGCGCUCACCAUUGUAAACCACUGCAUACCAGUUCUGCAAAGAAAAUAUUUUCAAAAGCAACACUUUCUUUUGUUUUUGGUUUAAUGACAUCAGAGACAUGACAUCUUUGUUCACUGACCUUUCAACUUUCACCUCUCCCUGCGAUACCAUGGCUAAAGCAGCAAGACAUAGAAAGCACUGAGGGCAUCUCAUAAAGGAAAUAGUAGGAAGAACAAUGAUGGUAAAAUACUGUAGUGAGACAACUAUCAGUGAAAUGGUAGAGGAGCGGUGGAUAUAAGUCAACUAUGAAGAAAAGGAGGGUGAUAAUGUACAGGUAUAGGAGAGAGAGAUAACAGGUUAAAGUUCCAAGGAUGAUGACAAACAAGAGAUGAUAAAAUAGAGAGCGAAGCAGAGAGAGUGUGAGAGUGAAAGGAUUGUUAAGUUGUUAAGACGUACAGCAGAGAUCA